AUGGGGGUUUGUGCCUCAUCUCAGCACUCAAGUGCGAGCCUCACCAACUGGCCCUUCACUGCGAAAAUUAUUCAUACAGAUGGUGGGCUUCAGGAGUUGAGGCACCCAGUAAAGGCCGGCCACAUUCUUUCCCAGAAUCCGAGCUGUUUCCUCUGUAGCUCAGAAUCUAUGAAGAUCGAUUCAAUCGUCCCCCAGAUCUCCAGCGACAGAGAACUUGAAUUGGGGGAAAUUUAUUUUCUAAUCCCCCUCGCGAAAUCCCAUCUCCCGCUUUCCCUCACGGACUUGUGCGCUCUGGCUGCUAAAGCAAAUGUAGCCCUCGCUACAUCCAAGAAGGCGUAUCCGUCUCUGAAAGCGGCGCCGAACGCCGUCGGAUUCCGAAUCGGAGCGCCCGGUGCGUCUUACUGA